GUUUGUUGCACAUCGGAUUUCUUGUCCCGGCAGGCAGCCAGGCAAGGCAGCCAGCCAGGCAAUCAUGGCCCCCAAGGCUGCCAAGAAAGGCGCCGCAGCGAAGAAGACCGCGGCCGCCGUCGCAGCCGCCGCCGCGCAGGGCUCGGAAGUCCAGACUUGGGAGAGCGAGCUCGCCAAUGCACUUUUUCACGAGGACCACUGGCAAGCGUGCGUGUGCGUGCUGGUGGGCCGAGGUCCGCGCGACGAGGAGCUGAUCCGGACGCUGGCUCGGGCCGUGCGGCAACCGCAACGCAAGCUCUUCACUUCGCUGUCGUGGGAGGACACCGAGGCCAAGAUUCGCGAGUACGGGAACCCCAAAGCAAAGAAACGAGACGCUUUUCCUCAGUUCUACCAGGUGACGGAGCCCGCCAGGGAGCUGCUGGAGGCCCGAGAGGAGAUCCCCGCCCAGCUCAUGGCGCAAGUCGUUAAGUUCAUGCUGCUGCAGAUCAAGGAGAGCGACCAGCAGAGGCGAAAGGCCGAGCAAGCCAAAGCAGCUGCUCCUGUCGCCAAAGAAAAACCGGGACCCAAAGGCAAAGCGAAAAAGCCAAAGGACGAGCCGGCCCUCAAACCCAAAUCAAAACUCAAGCGCAGGGAUGAUGUGGAGCCGCCCAAGUUCAUAAACGACGAGCCGAGCGACGGGCCUCACCACUACGUGCUGCUGCUGGGCUUCCACCAGCCUCAGCUGGUGGGGACGCUGGACGGCGCCGGCGUGCACGUGGCCAACGUCAUCAGGCUGAGCGCCGCCGCCGCCGCCACCGUGCCCCCUGACCAAGUGGAUGAGGAAACGGCCGACGCAGCGGACGAAAUUGCCGCCCGAGAGGCCAGGGCGGCGCAGGCCAAGGUGCUGGACCGCUUCUGGGGAGCCCUGAGACACGUUUUGGACAACGGGGGACCCAACUCCAGACUCCACGACGUGGCUCAGCUGGAAUACGCUGUCCCGGAUUCGUUGAUGCCCUUUGACCCGCAGGACCCGGAGGCUGCGAUGGCGGCGGCGACCCAAAUGUUUGACGGCGUGUCCAAUCUCAUCUACGACUGUCUGGAGUGGCGCAGGCAGCACCGGCACUACCUGGACAGCGCCAACUUCAUCCGUGUGCCUUCGGUGGUUUGGGGCCAGGACGCGCCGCCGCCUGCCGAGACUACAGCUUCUGUGUCCCCCCAUUCCAAGAAGUCGGGGCGGCCGCCUGCCCCGAAAAAGCCGCCCUCAUCCCUUACCACCGACGUGGACAUGAAUCACUACGCGGGCCUGUUGGAGCAGGUCCCAGCCGAGGCCUGCUCGGUGGCGCUCAUCUUGCACUGCAUGCUGGAGCAGGUUUGCGCGUCCUUGGACUUCGGGAGCGCCGCCGUGCCGCCGCCGCCGCCGCCGGCCGGCCGGCCUUUGGGUCCCUCCCAUCAUCCCUGCACCUUUGCGUGCGUGCAGGUGGCUGUGUCGAGCGAGCAGGCGCCCGACGACGGCGAGCCUCAGACGGCUCUCGACUUGGACCGUCACGCGCUGGGCCGAAUGCUGCACAAGGUCCUGCCUCAGGUCCACGCAGAGGACGAGAGGAGAGACUUGCUGUGUAGUUUGUUGAGCGCGGUGGAGCGAGAAGAGGACAAGCAGAUGCUUAAGGAAGAGUUUGGCGCCGAGGAGACGCCCAGGAGGCGCCAGCAGCAGCAGCAGCAGCAGCAGCAGCAGCCUGUCAUCGUCCGCCACCACGACGAAAGGGCGCGCCGCUUCAUUGGCGUAACUGCCACUCCGAGUUUGGAUCCGGCCCAGGAGGAGGCGUCCGUGAUGAGGCGCUCGCCGGCGUGGCAGCUCAUCGACUCUGUGGCCCGGCGCCGUUGCGACGCCUCGUGUUGGAGGGUGGUCAAGCAACAGCUCCAGCGCCAGUGCACCGGAGAUGAGGUGUCGUGGCCCCAGGCGGAGCACUUCUUCCAGCGCAGCGUGCUGGAGAGCAUGCUGCUGAGCCAGGUGGAGGAGGACGGCGUCCUGGGAAAAGACUGCAGAGCUUUGGGAAUGGCGCAUCAGGCCAAGGAGCAGCCCGUCAUCCCCUGGGAUGACCCGCUGUCCUUUGCAAAGCACAAGUUUAGCAACCUGCGCAGGAAAUGUCCGCCGCCGCCCCUCAAACCUUUUUCCCUUUGCGCCGGCAGACGCGCUCACCCUCCCCUCCUUGUCUCUGCCGCCGCAGGCCCCACCUUUCUCCAGGAAGAGGAGGUGUUUCUUCUUCUUUCUUUCUUGCUUCUGUUUGUUCUUCUUGUCUUUUUUUUGAAUUGUGCCUGCCAAACGCAGCAGAUCAGCGAGCGGGAAAGCGCCGAGCGGGAAAGCGCCGAGCGGGAAAGCGCCGAGCGGGAAAGCGCCGAGCGGGAAAGCGCCGAGCGGGAAAGCGCCGAGCGGGAAAGCGCCGAGCGGGAAAGCGCCGAGCGGGAAAGCGCCGAGCGGGAAAGCGCCGAGCGGGAAAGCGCCGAGCGGGAAAGCGCCAAGCGGCUCGACCUGCGCGACAUUCAGAGCUGCCGGCGGAGGUGCCUCCGGGACUGGGACUACGUGGAACGCCACGAGGCGGGUGUCUUCCCGCAGGUCCUCCACUCAGCUGCCCAGCGGUAUCGCUGUGUGGACACGCACAGAGGAAGUCACAAUAACGUCCUCUACGUCUUCUGCCACAAUCCCAUGAGUCCCGAUCGCUUGUGCAAGGAGUUCUGGGACGUGGCCAUUCACACCGACGUCAAGUUCCGGACUUUCAAGGAGCACGUGGCAGACACCAUUGCAGACUGGCUUGAGAAGGAGGAGCUGAAGAAACAGUUGUCGGCGAGCGACCGCACAAGUUCUGCAGCGCAAGCUUCAGAAAGUUUGCCAGAGGAAGAUGACGAAUCCCGGGAGCAAUUUGUCACCGGAAGCUCACUCAAGGCGGCCAAGCUGGAGGAAGACAAGCUGAAGGAAGAGGAAGGCAAGAAAGGCAAGAAGCCGGCCAAGGCGGCCACGGGCAAGAAGCAGCAGCCGGCGGAGAACGCCAAGUCCACCGAGACCAAGAAGAGCGACAAAUCGGCGGUGGGCAAGAGCAAAGCCGCGGAGAGCAGCUCCACGGCCGCUGCCGCCGACGCGGCGCCGCCCAGCACAGCGGACGACAAAGAGGAGGCCGGCGGCAGCGGAUUCGCCGGCUUCCACAUGGACGGAAUGCUGGUCCACCUGUCAGGGUCUCUCCAGUACCUCUUCCCUGCGGCCGGGGGGCACGUUACCGUGGAGACCAUCAGCUACGUGGAGGGUUCCAGCAUGCUGAAAGUGGCCGUGAGCAAAGACGGCCACCGCUUGUACACGCACGUGGACCGAGCGCUUACGAGAAAUGGCGGCAAAGAGCAUCCGGUCAGGACGGCCGCGGCCACCAGGCGCUCCUUCUCGGCCUUGCUGGACAGCGGCGUCCGGCUGGCUUACACCUUUGAGGGACCGGCAAAGGACAAAGGCAAAGCCUCGGACGGGAGCCUCAAGGAACCGGAGGAAGAGUCGACGUCCAAGGGCGAUGGUGCCGAGCCGCGUGACAGCCCGUCGUCGCGGACGUGCCCCCCCCCGAGGCCGCUGGCCGGCCUCAGCUUGUCCAUCCCCAGUGGCCUACUUGUGCAGUUCAUGCGCCAAGACGGGGAGCCGAGCGUGCUGGUGCGGCUGAGUUUUCACGCCACGGGUCGCCGCGGCCCCGCUCUGGCCAAGGAGGCGUCCCGCACCGUUACGGCCCAGGGAACCGUCAUCCGAUACAUGAGGGACGGCUCCAGCCAGGUGCUCUUUGCGGACGGCACGGUCAGCUCCAGCCUUGAUUCCGGCCCGGUGUGGGUACCCGAGGCGGAAGAAGACACGACGGAUGAGCAAAACCCCGAGAACCAGCCGGCGUCUCCUCCUCGAGGGUAUUGGGCAACGACCACGCCCUGCGGCACGCGCAUCUGCACCGUGGGUAGCACGCACGAGCAGAGUCCCGCCUGCGCUCUGUUGAGCUACGUGACCUCCGACCCGGUCACUCACGAGGUGAUGCUGAGCCGCGAAGAUCUGGUGGUGACGGUGAAGCGGCCGGACGGAUCGGUGAGCGUCGAUCACGCGGACGGAACCAGAAUCACCACCUUCUACCGGGACAGGCCUGGAAGCGCUGCUGAGGAGGGAGGGAGAGAGAAGGUGGUGGCGGUGGAGAACGAGGCCUGCGCCACCGUCUUGAUGUACCCCGAACGACACGUGGCCGAAAUCUGGUUGGCGGACGGCACCGUGGUCACCUCCGAUAACCAGGGAGCUUAUCAGGUGGUCCCGUCCAGCAUCGGACUCCUGCGCAUCCAAAGCGACGGCAAGUGCGUCUACUCCAGCGGAGCGCUCCGGGACGGCCGCCCCGCCUACAUCAUGAGUCCCACCGACAAAGUGGCCUGCGACGUCACAGACGUGGAUGGAAAUCACUUUCAGGUGUCGCAAGACGGCCAGGUGAGCGUGCGCUCUGUUGGCCCAGCCCCAAGGACGCUGCAAGAGGACGACGAAGACGAGGACAAAGAUGGGACGGGGGGGCCCCGAGACCACUCUCCCAGGCUGUUCCUGGUGCACGAGGACGGUUCCGGUUCGGAGCUCAUGAGUAGCCGAGCCGUGUCGGAGCUGCUGAAGCGGGCCCGCUCGGACCCCGCCGCGGCCGUGCUGAAGGACCCGCUGCCGGACUCGCCAGGUGAGUUUGGCAUCACCGUCCUGAAACCCGGCACGGAAAACGUGCGCUCCAAGUGGGUGCACGUCAAGCUGGACCCCAACGCCAUACAUCAGAGCCUUCGGAACCGCAGCGGGCGGGAUUGCGCCCCAUUUGAGACGACUCACAGUCCUCCGUUCGGGAGCACUGCAGGACAGGGGCCCGGCCUGAAAAAGCUCAGCGGCGGCGGCGUCCUCAGCUGCCCCAAAGUCCUGGAGAUAAGGGAAGUUCAGCAGCACAGGGCCUUCGGUCGACAGCUCCGAGACACGGUGGACACGUGGCUGAAGGAAUACAUCGAGAGUUUGAUGGAGAAGGCGAGCUGGUCGGCCGACGCGACGCUCAAGGAGCCUCGCGGCGAGGUGGAACGAGCCCACGCCGGGCUUCUGCUCAGUCAGUCCUUCGCAGAGGAGCCGGAGCACCGGGAACAAGCCAAAGGCGGCGCCGCCGGCGCACAGAGGAGUCCAGGGGACAUGGGCGUUCUGUACGGCCGGGCGGUGCACGCCGCACUCGAGCCGUCGGGCCGCGCGGAGGAUCCCGCCGUGCCGGCCGGCGCCGGCCGCACCCAGCUCCAGGUGUCAAAGUGGACGGACACGCUGGAGCAGUACAGACAGGAGCUGCUUGAAGUGAAGGCCCGUGUCGAUGCGCUGAGGAAGAGGAUCAUCGUGCCCUACUUUCAUCCCGAAAACGACUCCUUGCGCGAGGAAAGCGUUGACCUCCGUUCCCGUCCAAAUGGUUUGCCCGUACCACCCCUUGACUCUCUCGUGCUCUUCUUCUACAGACUCAUUGUCCCGACUCCCAGAGGCCAAGUUUGAGCGUGCCCACCACCGAGUCGGACGAUACGGACGACGACGCCUUCCGGAGCGACAUCCUAGCCCAAGAGGCCCACGAUGACAACAAAGCGGCACAGCCCUUGGAGCCAGUGUGGCCUUUGGACCCGGCCUUGGAGCCGGCCUUGGAGCCGGCCUUGGAGCCGGCCUUGGAGCCGGCGCGGCGACCCUUGAAGCCGGCGCGGCCCUUGGAGCCUUC